CGUUGUCAUCUCCCCAUAAUGACCGACUUUGUGCGCGACGAAAAGCCCGCGGACUUCCUCCUCCCUGACAGCGUCAAGGGAUGGUUCUCCCAGAUGUACACCCACAUGAUCGCCGGCAAUGUCGAGGAGAUGGAUCGCUUGUACGACAAGGAAUUCGCGGCGCUGACAGCUAGCUACUUCAAGCAAAGCCCGUGGCCUGAGCCGGAUGGAGAUGCCGUCAUCUCACUCGUGGACGAAGACCCGGUGUUCCUGACUUUGUAUGCGCAGAUCUACUACCGACACAUGUUCUCCAAGCUCCAACCUACCUUGGAGUUCAACCAUGCGUCAUGGGACAACUAUGUGGCCAUCUUCGACGGGAUCCUCGACGGCUCGUUAGUGUUGGACGCGAUGCCGUCACAAUGGCUAUUUGACAUUGUGGGCGAGUUCGUGUACCAGUACCAGUCGUUUUGCCAGUACCGAGCCAAGGUCAAGACCGAGACCGAAGUCCCCUCCAUCUGGACCACGAAAGCCGUCCACUCGUACCUCCACCGCCUCGUGAAGGUGUCCAACAUCAAAUCCAUCCUCGUCAACGGCGACGUUGAUGCGUCUCCAUCGUCCACGACGCUCAAGGAACUCGGGUACUUUGCGCUCAUCUGCCUCAGCCGCGCGCAUGUGCUCAUUGGCGACUACUUCACGGCGCUGCAGCUGCUCACUCCCAUCGACUUUUCCAAGCGCGACCAGAUCUACCUCAACUCGUACUCGUGCCACGUGUCCGUGUUUUACCACCUCGGGUUCGCGCAGCUCAUGCUCGGCGACCUCGCGUCCGCCGUCCGUUCGUUUGUCAAGAUCAUCUUGCAAGUCCACCGCAACCGCGCGUACUAUUCCAAGUUUGCCGACUACGACCAAGUGAACAAGUUGACUGAAAAGGCCCUUGCGCUCGUGGGCAUUGCCACGUAUUUGGCUCCUGGCAACAACGUCGAAGACCAAGUACAUUCGCUUUUGCGUGAAAAGUUUGGCGACAAGUUGGCGGCGAUUCAAAAGGGAAACACUCAAGUGCUCACGGAACUGUUUGCGUCGUCCGCGCCCAAGUUCAUCUUGGCGAGCGUGGCCGCCGACGCCGAAGACGUGUCCAAGGAUGCGCUGGCAUUCCAAACCAAGCUGUUUUUGGACCUCGUCCAAGUCCACUCGUCUCUCCCGGCGCUCCGCUCGUACAUCAAGCUGUACCGGUCGAUCGAUGCCGCAAAACUCGCGCGGUUCCGCUCGACGGACGUGGCGGCCGUUGUGGCCGAAGCCAUGCACCUCAAGGUCGUGGCAGACAAAGUCAACUCGGAUGUGCACUUUUACCUGACCAACGACCUGAUCAAGAUCGACGAGCAAAAGCGCGAACAGCGCAACGGACAGUACUUUCUCAGCCAAAUCGCCAAGCUCCAGCGGGUGGUGGACACGUGUCACGCGCAGACCCACGUGCUCUAGGCAACCACCACCACAUGGACCAUAAAUUGGAGGAUAAGAGAGAGUUUUGUAUUGUGAAAG